AUGAAGAUUUUCGCUACUCUCGCCCUUGCUGCAGCUGUGGCUGCCUCUGAUCAUGGCCCAUCGUAUGGUGGGACUGGUCCUCACAAAUCGUAUUCUUUUGAGGUAGAAUCGCUUGCCAAUCACACUUUUUAUCAGCCACUUGAAUCUGCACUUGGUUCAGACCUUAAACUGCCAGUAAUUGUUUGGGGUAACGGCGGCUUUGGACUAGCAUUUCGUGCUUUUCUCAAUGAAGUAACCUCGCACGGUGCCCUAGCAAUUGCCACAGGGGCGCCAUUUGUUGACCCUGAAGAUUACGUGCCACCUCCAUCUGAUCCUUCAAACCCGGCCUCGGGACAGAACCCCGCAGCCCUCACUGCCGCCAUUGACUGGGUGCAUGAGAAUGCAGGCAAGGGCGGCUGGAAGCACAUUGAUUCAUCCCGCAUCGGUGUCUGGGGGCAAAGCUGCGGAGGCCUGGAGUCGUAUCUUGCCGGCAUCAACGACACCAGAGUGAGCCAUAUCGGAAUCUUCAACAGCGGCCUUUUGAAUGAAACUUCCAGCAAGGCAAUCGCGGGUAAUCUCAAGAAGCCCGUCUUUUAUACGCUAGGCGGCCCUACUGAUAUCGCGUUUCCAAACGGCGAGCGAGACUACACUACCCUGCCCGCUGGAACUCCUGCUUGGAAAGCAAACCAUGAUCUCGGUCAUAGCGUUGCAUUCGAUGCUCCCAAUGGCGGUAUACCAGCUAUGGUCGGCACCCAGAUUAUGCGAUGGAUGCUUCGUGGAGAUGCCUCUGCCAAAGACUGGUUUACAGGCGAUAAUCCGAAGACAAUCGGUAUUAAAGACGUGGUGUACAAGGACUUGGAUAGCAUCACGGUUGCCCCUAUUUAG